UUAUAAUGUUGAUAUAAACGUUUAAGAUUUUGGAAAUAUGAAAUAAUAAUUUAUUAAUAAAACAUACUUUUGAUCAUAAUUGUAAAUUUUAUAAAACUUGUGAUUGGUCCGUUAUAUUGUGUGAUUUUUGGCGGUCGACGUAACGCUCGUUUGAUCGAUGAAACUAAACUUUAUCUUUCAAAGGUUAGUACUUUUUUAAAUGGUUUUUAAUCUUUCAAAUAAUUUAAGAAAGAGAAAUUGAUAAUUAUGGUGAAAUUAACAUCCAAAUUUAUCGAGAAAAAAUAUGCACAAGUUCGAUCAAAAUCCCUUAGUACAGCAAAUAAAAAGCAAGAAUUAUGGAAGUUAACGCAUUUGUACAUGAAUGGAAUGUUUAUCAAUGAAAUUGGUAAUUUUGCGGCAUGCAAAAAUUUAAAAGUGAUAUAUCUUCAAGAUAAUAAUAUAUCACGUAUAGAAAAUUUACAUUUUGCAACAAAUUUAACACAUUUAUAUAUGCAACAUAACAAAAUAAGGAAACUAGAAAAUUUAGAUUGUCUACAAAAUUUGCGCAAACUUUAUAUGGGAUAUAAUUGCAUUAGUGUAAUUGAGGGAUUAGAAAAUAUCGAAAACUUAAUAGAACUACAUGUAGAAAAUCAAUUCUUAACUCUAGGUGAAACAUUAUGCUUUGAGCCACGCAGUGCUGUUACAUUAUCUAAGUGUUUAAAAAGACUUAAUAUAUCAAAUAAUAAAAUGACAACUUUAAAUGAUAUAGCAAAUUUUAAUGAAUUGGAAAUUUUGGAAGCCAAGAAUAAUUUAUUUGAAGAUAUUGAAGAUUUAACUCAAACAAUAAGUACAUUAAUUUCACUCAGAGAAUUAUAUAUGAACGGCAAUCCAGUUGUCCAAAAACAUAGAUAUAAAGAAAGUCUCAUUGCUAACAGUAACACAUUAGUAAAUUUAGAUGGAAAGAGUAUUUCUGAUAUCUGUCGCAAGUUUUUACAAAUUUUUAAAGAGAAACGUUUUAACCAAUCUAUUAAAAAAAUGACAGUACCGCUAACAGAUGACAUUGCAAAUUCUUUGAAUUUACCACCUGCGUUUAAGAAAUCUAUAUGUAGAGCAAUAUUUCAACAUCCUGGACCUAAAUUAUCCAUAACAGUUACAUCUGCAAUGGGUGAAUUACAGCCUCAGAGUUUUCCAUCAUGGAAAAUGGCCGCUGGUAUAAACAGUCUAAAAGAUAAUCAUAUAACACCAAGACCAUUUUGGAGGGAUACAAGUAACAAAAAAGAAACACAUAGAGUAAACUCAAUGAAUAACAAAUCAAUCAUGUUACCACCAAUCUGAUGGAUGUUGGUGAUCGAGGAACCGAUCAUCGUGAAAUUUUUACACGGAAGUUAAUGGAACUUCUCUGCAUAUAAUUCUUAUUAUACGUCUCCUUGCUUCCGUACGCGAAUGAGAGGGAAAACAGUCCUACUCGUGACGG